CAAUUCGCAUGCUAGUCAUGCCCAAUCGAGAUAAAGCACUCACCAAGCAAAGCAGCACUUCAUCGAGUCGCAGUACCGCCCCGAAAUGCUGUCGGGCAACAGUCGCGCGCUGCAGUGCUGGACGCUGCUGCUCAUUCUCAGCGGGGCGCUGGGCGCCAAGAUCCUGGGCAUCUUCCCGACGCCCGGGCGCAGCCACUACAUCCUGGAGAGCACGCUGAUGCGGGCGCUGAGCGACGCCGGCCACCAGGUCACCAUCGUCAGCCCGUUCCACGAGCCCUACCAGAGCGCCGGCAACGGCAGCUACCGGCAGAUCGUCUUGACGGGCGUCGCCGAGGCGCAGAAAGAGCGGCGUCGCGGCAUCAACCUGUUCGAGCGCGCCUCGAUGAACCCGCUGAGCGCCAUCUACGUGAUGAACAAGAUCGGCCUGAAGCAGACGGAGAGCACGUUGCAACAUGCCGCGUUCCAGGCGCUCAUCCACUCGGGGGAGCGGUUCGACGCCGUCGUCGUCGGCCAGUUCAUGAACGACGCCCUCAAGGGCAUGGCGCACCACUUCGGCGGCCACCUCAUCCUGUUCAGCUCGGUGGGCACCAGCACCUGGGUGAACCAUUUGGUGGGCAACCCGUCGAUGCCCAGCUACACGCCCGAGAUGAUCCUCAGCUACCCGGCGAGCAUGACGUAUUGGCAGCGCGCCACCAACGCCCUCGUAAACGCCCUCUACAACGCCAACCAGCACCUGGUGUUCUACCCGCGCCAGAACGCCCUCUUGCGGCAGUACGUGCCGAACGCCGUCGACCUGUCCGACGCCCUCUUCAACGUCUCCCUGGUGCUGAUGAACACGCACGAAAGCAUCGCUUUUCCCACGUCGGCCGUGCCCUGCAUGAAGCACAUCGGUGGGUUCCACGUGAAGGCGCCCGCGCCGCUGCCCAAUGAGCUGCAGGCGUUCCUGGACCAGGCCGCCGAGGGCGUGGUCUAUUUCAGCCUGGGCAGCAACGUGAACACCAGCCACCUGCCGGCGCCCAUGCGCCAAGCCAUCCUCGAGGUGUUGGCGCAGCGGCCGCAGCGCAUCUUGCUGAAGUUCGACGAGCCGCCGGCCACGCCCCUGCCCGCCAACGUCAUGCAGAGGGCGUGGUUUCCGCAGCAGGACGUGCUGGCGCAUCCGAACGUGCGCCUGUUCAUCACGCACGGCGGCUUCGCCAGCACGAUCGAAACGGUGCAUUAUGGGGUGCCGAUAAUCGCGAUCCCGAUUUUCGGCGAUCAGCGCAUGAACGCCAUCUAUGCGGAGACGAAAGGGUUCGGGCGCAUCCUGCCCUGGCAGAGCAUCAACGUGGCCAGUUUCGGCCGCAUGGUGGCGGAGGUGUUGGGGAAUCCGAGGUACCGCGAGGCGGCGCGCAGGAAGUCGCAGUUGCUGCGCGACCGCGAGGUGGCGCCCCUAGCGACCGCAGUGUACUGGAUCGAGUACGUGCUGCGCCACAACGGCGCCCCCCACUUAAGGGUGGCCUCCCUAGAGCUGGCUUGGUACCAGUACUAUUUACUGGACGUGUACCUGCCCAUUGUGCUGCUCCCUGUCGUGGUCUGGCAGGUGUUGAGGCGCCUGAUGCCCCGCAGGGGCCAGAAAAUAAAAACAUCCUGAUAA